AUGGCUCCACGAGAUUCCAGCACUAUUACCUCCCGUCGACGCCCCUCUUUCUCCCUCCGCACUCGGCCCCGGACUGCUACAACUUCGACUGCUCAUACAACCGGAUUGGAACAUGAUGUGUGGCAUGGGCUGUCUGUGGUGGAUUCAGGAGAUGAUGACGACGGCCAGGUCUUGGAAGAUAUGAACCAUUUCCCAGAGCCUGUUCCCAGGCGCCGUGAAGCCAAGAGCUUCUCCAGCUUACGCCAUCCCGUGGACGGUCUGCGAGCUCUGGGCCGUCGCCUCUCAGUGACGCUCCGCAACAAGUCGUCCAGGCAUUCCGUUCAUCCUCAACCAGAAGCCAUGAGAAACUCCUGGUGCAAUGAAAUCAGCAUUAAUCGUCGACCUUCACUUGAGAGUAUCUCCGCGCUACAUGGCUUCUACGCCCAUGCUGGCGCCCCUGUUCCGGGAAAUGGCCUGGAGCCACCCGUUUUCUCGAACGAUAUUUAUGCGGGAGCGGCUGCUCGCGCUGCAGCUGCAGCUCAGAAUGAGCUGGCAAGAGCUCUGCGGGACAGUAUCAAGCUCUCGGAUGCUAAGUUGACCCAAGAUUCGGAAAGUGGCAUUGGCAUCGAUCUCCGCGAUCGCUCGGAGCUAUCUGACCCAGCUCUGGCCAUAGUACGGAUUGAUCCUGUCAGCUGCCUUCCUCCUGAGGUUAUGUCACAGGUGUUUUCCUACCUUGAUCCCGAGUCCCUCAUGCAGUCUGAACUAGUUUCACGUGCUUGGAGUGAGCAGGCAUCCUCCCAGCACAUCUGGCGGCACGUGUUUCGUCAUACCUACGGACAUCACCCUAGUGGGCUUCCUUUCAAGAAGAGACAGUCUGCUGGUUUGGGCAAAGCUCAUCCUAAGCAGGAUUGGAAGCGGAUGUUCCUCGUUCGCCGUGCUCUGGAACAUAGGUGGAAAGAAGGGAAGGCUGCUGCUAUCUACCUCCACGGCCACAAGGACAGUGUCUACUGUGCGCAGUUUGAUGAGGACAAAAUCAUUACGGGUUCUCGCGAUCGGACCAUCCGAGUUUGGGACGCUCAUUACCCUUGGCCAUGCCGGAAGAUCAUUGGCCCUCCUCCGGGCGAUGUCUCCGGUAUUGGUCCGGUCAAUAACCCGGCGCAGCAAUCAGCUGGAAAGCCGCCCUUCUUGACCAUUUGCCCUCCGCCGACGCGCUCUGCGGGCAUCAUGGCUCCUAUUGAGCACAGCGCGGACUAUCACAGUGCUUCCAUCCUCUGUCUCCAGUUCGAUGAAGAGAUCAUGGUCACCGGUUCGUCUGACUUUACCUGCAUCGUGUGGGACAUCAAGAACGACUACAAGCCGAUUCGUCGCCUAGUGGGCCACCAGGCAGGAGUGCUGGAUGUCUGCUUUGAUGACCGGUACAUUGUGUCCUGCUCCAAAGACACUACCAUUUGUGUGUGGGAUCGGCACACAGGGGCCUUGGUGAAGAAACUCCUUGGCCACCGAGGACCAGUGAAUGCUGUUCAGCUGCGCGGAGAUCUGGUCGUUUCUGCAAGCGGAGACGGCGUCGCCAAGCUCUGGAACAUCACUUCUGGUCUUUGUGUCAAGGAAUUCCCCAGCAAGGACCGUGGACUGGCGUGUGUUGAGUUCAGUGAUGAUGCUCGAACCAUUCUCACUGGUGGCAACGACCAAGUGAUCUAUCAGUUUGACGCCAAUACCGGCGAAAUGGUCAAAGAGCUCAAGGGCCACGCAGGCUUGGUUCGCUCCUUGCACCUGGACAGCAUGAAUCAACGAAUCGUCAGUGGUAGCUACGACAUGAGUGUCAAAGUAUUUGAUGCUCAAAGUGGCGAGCUUUCCAUUGACCUUCCGGGCUGGACAACGAGCUGGAUGCUCAGCGUCAAGUCCGACUAUCGGCGCAUUGUGGCCACUAGCCAAGACUCUCGCGCUGUCAUAAUGGAUUUUGGAUAUGGACUAGAUGGCAUAGACCUACUGAAAGAGUAA